AGGCCGGUCCAUCAACACAAUCCAUACUAGUACAUUCACUUCUUUCAUACCUAACUUCACCAAAACGAGCUAGUCUCUUUUCCAACACAACCAAUCAUAAUGCUUUUCUCAUCAAUCUUCGCUGCUACCGCCAUGGUUGGCGCCGCUGUUGCAGAGCAGCACUUCAUCUCUGUCGCCAACAGGACUGGCGGACUCGUCUUCGUGCCUGAGACCCUCACUGCAGCUGAGGGUGAUACAGUCACUUUCCGCUUCUGGCCCAAGAACCACUCUGUCGCCCAAAGCACAUUCGCCCAGCCAUGUUCGCCCAUGAACAACGGUUUCUGGUCCGGCUUUGUUCCCACUACCGAUAGUCAAAAGGUCGCAGACAUGACCUUCACCAUGGAAGUUAAGAACGCCUCAGCGCCCAUCUGGUUCUACUGCACCCAGGGCCAGCAUUGUCAGGCUGGUAUGGUCGGUGUCAUCAACCCUCCCCGACAAGGCCCCAACACCCUGGCCGCUUACAAGAACGCCUCCUCUCUUGCUCAGAGAAACGUCUCUCCCACUUCAACCGCUGGUGCUGGUGGCAUGAUCCAGAUGGGCAACGGUACUGCGGACAACACAACUGGCUCUGGAGCACCUUCUGCAACUGGUGCCGCAUCGCACCUUGCUGGUAGCGCUGCUUUCGCUGGUCUUUCCGGCCUGUUCGCUUACCUCCUCAUUUAAGCGCUUCGAAAAGAAAUGGUGGACAAUAUUACGAAACAUUUGCAUUGUACAUACGAGCAUGUUUUGAGGAUGAUGUAUUGUGGACGUCUGCAUUGCCAUAGUGGCAUGGAAAUGGAGUAGGGCCAUGAUGGCAUCUCCGAGAUUGAUCUCGAUUGGGUUAAAUUUUGUUUGGCGUGCAUAGUAUGAUCGAAUACAGAAUGAACUAGUAUGGACUUCAAA